AAAAUUUGCACGGAAACGAAUCGCAUUUUCACUGGAAAAUCAAUCAAAGAAAAUAUUGAAAUUGUGGACAUUUUCGAAUAGGUUGUAAUCAAAAAACUGUACGAAGGCAUUUAAUAAUAACUGUAAACAGUUAAAUCGUUAUUGGGCCUCCUGUGUAUUUCGUGCGGAAUAGAAAAAACCGAUUUUUUGUACAAUUGUGUGUGUGAGAAAAGAAAAUGGCAGCAAGCGACAAAUCUGUCGAUGAUUCUCUUUAUCCCAUUGCGGUAUUAAUUGAUGAAUUGAAAAAUGAGGAUGUGCAGUUGCGUUUGAACUCGAUCAAAAAGCUAUCAACAAUAGCGCUCGCUUUGGGCGAGGAACGCACACGCUCCGAGCUGAUACCGUUCCUAACUGAGACCAUAUACGAUGAAGAUGAGGUGCUCUUGGCAUUGGCCGAUCAGUUGGGCAAUUUUACAAGUCUUGUGGGUGGGCCGGAAUAUGCCAUGUACUUGUUGCCGCCCCUGGAGAGCUUGGCCACCGUUGAGGAGACGGUGGUACGUGACAAGGCAGUCGAAUCUCUGCGCACUGUAGCUGCGGAGCACAGUGCUCUGGAUUUGGAGAUACAUGUCGUGCCGACGCUGCAGCGUUUAGUCUCCGGUGAUUGGUUCACCUCGCGCACCUCGGCCUGUGGCCUUUUCUCCGUGUGCUAUCCACGCGUCACACAGCCGGUCAAGGCCGAAUUGCGUGCCAAUUUCCGUAAAUUGUGCCAGGAUGAGACGCCCAUGGUACGACGCGCCGCAGCCAAUAAAUUAGGCGAAUUCGCUAAGGUGGUGGAGACAGAGUAUCUCAAAUCGGACUUGAUACCGAAUUUUGUGCAACUGGCGCAGGACGAUCAGGACUCUGUGCGACUGUUAGCUGUGGAGGCGUGCGUCAGCAUUGCUCAAUUGCUGCCACAGGACGAUGUUGAACAUCUUGUGUUACCCACACUGCGUCAGUGCGCCAGCGAUUCAUCCUGGCGCGUGCGUUACAUGGUCGCCGAGAAGUUUGUCGAUCUACAGAAGGCUGUGGGUCCAGAGAUCACACGUGUUGAUCUCGUGCCCGCUUUUCAAUAUCUGCUCAAAGAUGCCGAAGCUGAGGUGCGCGCCGCUGUCGCCACCAAAGUCAAGGACUUUUGUGCCAGCCUGGAUAAGGCAAAUCAGGUGCAAAUAAUUUUGAGCUCCAUUUUGCCAUAUGUGCGCGAUUUGGUUUCCGAUCCCAAUCCACAUGUCAAAUCAGCUCUGGCCUCUGUUAUUAUGGGCCUGAGUCCCAUGCUUGGCGCUUAUCAAACAGUCGAACAACUGCUGCCCCUGUUUCUCAUACAGCUAAAGGACGAGUGCCCGGAAGUGCGUCUUAAUAUCAUCUCAAAUUUGGACUGCGUCAACGAUGUCAUUGGCAUUCAGCAGCUGUCGCAGUCCCUACUACCCGCCAUUGUUGAGUUGGCUGAGGAUUCCAAGUGGCGCGUACGCCUCGCAAUCAUUGAGUACAUGCCCGCGUUGGCUGGCCAGCUGGGUCAGGAGUUCUUCGAUCAGAAACUGCGCGGUCUCUGCAUGGGCUGGCUGAAUGAUCAUGUUUAUGCUAUUCGUGAGGCAGCCACAUUAAAUAUGAAGAAACUUGUUGAACAGUUUGGUGCACCUUGGGCCGAGCAGGCCAUUAUUCCAAUGAUAUUAGUCAUGUCACGCAACAAGAACUAUUUGCACAGAAUGACCUGCCUUUUCUGUCUCAAUGUUUUGGCCGAGGUUUGCGGAACGGAAAUAACCACAAAACUGUUGCUGCCGACAGUUUUGCUACUCGCCGCCGAUCCGGUAGCCAAUGUGCGCUUCAAUGUGGCCAAAACAUUGCAGAAGAUUUCACCGUUCCUGGAGGCGAGCGUUAUUGAUGCGCAAGUGAAACCGACGCUGGACAAACUGAAUGCUGAUGCCGAUGUAGAUGUUAAGCAUUUCGCUGCACAGGCAAUUGCUGGAAUAGCAGCUGAAAUGGAACUGAAUGUCUUUAGAACCUCUGUGCCGCCCUGCAUGGGCCUGAAGCUUGAGGCGGCCCUGGCCUCUAAGCUGGUCGUUGAGCCGCCGCCCAUGUCCGCAGCGGCUGAGGCUGUUGGCGUUGUCCUCGAGCUGAACACUAAUACCGAGAAUAAUGACAUCGUCGCUGGGGGGGAGCAGCAAGUGAAGAGUGUUUCGGAAUGUUAGAGGAUGAGUAGCCAAACCAGACUGUGUGAACCAAAUGUGUGAACACCUCGUGUGUGUAGCCAGUGCUGUAUUUAAUUCGCAAAUUGGACCAAGCAUAAACCCCAUGUAAUUCCUAGUGUCUCCAAAUUUGUCCAUGUCGAAUAAAUUGUGUGCGUUACUGCAAAUAGCAAACC